GCCGACAGCUCUCCAGCUGGCUGGUGCCCCCGGAUCCAGUCAGGACGGUCAGCGAUCUGUCCUGCCGCGGCCAGCUGGACUCACCACACGUGGGUCAGCUGAGGACUUAGCCAAGGAAGAGGAAGAGUUAAAGAAGCUCAGGCGAUCAGGUAAAGGAGGUCUCGCAAAGCAGAUCCAAGCGAAGCUCAAAAUUGUUGCCGACAAAAAGAAAGAGAUCGAUGGUCUCAAGGAACAGCUUGCAGAGAAACCGAACAAAAUGUCUGCGCCUCUCUGCAACGGCUAUACUGCCGAGUUGGAGCUCCAUCGCGAAGCCUUGGAGAAGGCGGUUGGGGAGUUGCAGGCGUGGUUAAUUGCGCUUCAGGAUGAUGCUAUUGAGAACAAUGUCGAUGCGCAGCAGCAGCGUAUGGAUGAGUUGGCAGAAGCAGUAAAAGAGUACGCAGCAUCAGCUCUGACUAUCAAGAAGCCAUUCACUUGUGCUGUAGAAGCACAGAGCGCUGAUCUGGUUGUGUGUUUUCGACUAGCAAUCCUACCAUAUAGGCUUGGAUCCACCUGCCCAGAGGGUUCUGGAAACACACUGGGACCUCUUUCUCGGCAUGUGCUGAAGUGCACUGGCAAGGGGGACCUCAGCUUUGCAGGGGCUGUCCGGAUGCUGCAGAAGGGGGCGGAAGCUUGGGCCCAUUGGGUGACAGGCUUCGACAUGCUGGGACUGAUGGCAAGUGGCCUUCCAACAUUGAACGGGAAAUUGCCUGUCAUUCUACCGCACGAGCUUCUGCAUUACUUGCAUGCCAACGGCAUGCUGGGUGACGCCUUGGAUGGAGAAGAGGUAGUGGCGUCACUGAAUGCGGCCAUGCUCGGCUUCUUUCCGGAGCGUCCAAUCCUGGGCGAUGAUGGCAGCUAUGAGCUUCCAGACUGCACUCCCCAGUGCUCCGCUACACCUCUUGUGACUGCGAAUGCCAAUGUGGUACGUUUUCCUGUCACAGAACUUCGGGCGGAUUGGAAGUUUUACAAGGUGCCAGGGGUAAUACUAAUACUUGUGCACAUGUAUAUGCGUGAGGACAUGCUGCCGGCCAACUCCCUCUCCCCCUACCCACACCCUGGCCAGGGCCAGAGGGCCUCCCAAUCCUUCCCCUCCUUGCCUGUUGUGUUGCUUGAUUUGAUUGCCCUCCCGGGGGCAGCCCAGGCUAUCUUUUCAUGCCUGAGUGGCUGCGGGAUGUGGGAUUGA